CACAUUAAACUGCAUGCACACUUUCUGCCAGUAUUGUCUCUCGCAGUGGAAACACUUCGAUGCACAACGAGAGACGGUGGAGGGUGGACGGUAUAGGGUGGACGGUGGACGGUGGACGUUGGAGACGGUGUUGGAUGUCCUGUCUGCAGGGACGUGAUAAUAUCAGAAAAACGAAACUACUUAGCUGACAACUUGAUUGCAAUAAUGGUGGAUAGUUACUCGGAAGAAGAGAAGAACAGUAGAAAGGAGUUGGUUGCGCAACGCCAAGAACAGGCGCAGCAAAAUGUUGAAAUGCCAUCCCAGACGAACUUGGCCAUCCAGUCCACCAAUCGCAUCAAUCAAGGUAUGGGAGAAAUGGAAAAGAAAAUUGAAGCUAUUUUUAAAUUUCUUACCGAGCCUAAUGUGCUUCUAUUGCCGCCCGUGCUACCGACGCCACCCGUGCUACCGACGCCACCCGUGCUACCGACGCCACCCGUGCUACCGACGCCACCCGUGCUACCGACGCCACCCAUGCUACCGACGCCACCCGUGCUACCGACGCCGCCCGUGCUACCGACGCCACCCGUGCUACCGACGCCACCCGUGCUACCGACGCCACCCAUGCUACCGACGCCACCCGUGCUACCGACGCCGCCCGUGCUACCGACGCCACCCGUGCUACCGACGCCACCCGUGCUACCGACGCCACCGCCUUCACCGCCUCCAGUUGUUCCACCUGCACGAUUGCGAUUGGAGGUUGCGGCCGUAAUUCCUAUACGGAGAAGAUCUGCUGGACGGAGAAGAUCUGCUGGACGGAGAAGACCCGCAAUCUUCGGCAUUCAAGGCCCACGAACAAUUCAAAGAGCUACUGCUAACCGUACGAAUCAGUCCUCAGCUCGCUCAACAUCAGGUCGCACAGUCCAAGGGUCGUUGGCGAAACCGCGCUGGCGUUAUUGAUUUUUAUUAAAUAUUUUACAUUGGGUUAAUCUCCUUUACUUGUGUAAUAUUAUGUAUUUUUAAUUAGGAUGAGAUUUUUUUCCCCGCCCUUCUAAUUUUCAAAAUGUAUGUUUUUGGAAACUGUUUCAUCAAAUGCUAUAUAUGGUUUUAUUUUCUGAAAUACAAUGUUACGGGAAGUAUCGUGAUGCCGUUAAUAAA